AUGGCCAACGAGGAGAAUAUUAGCAAGUCCAAGCCAGAAGAGAUGGACAUAGACGAGGUUGAACAAAAUGUUGAAGAAGACGUGGAGGUUCAGUCAAAUAAAAUUACGUUACUACCUGGAGCAUCCGAAGACGGAACCGCUGCCUCAUUUCAAAUCUUAGAUGAAGACCAUACCUUGGGUAACUCUCUAAGAUACAUCAUAAUCAAGAAUCCAGAAGUCGAAUACUGUGGUUACUCUAUUCCUCAUCCUUCUGAGGCCAAAUUGAAUAUAAGAAUCCAGACUUACGGUGGCAUGACUGCCGUGGAAGCCCUACGUAAAGGACUAGAUGACUUGGUUGACAUCUGCGAUCAUGUUGAGAAAAAAUUUUCUGAUGUCAUUGCUGCUGGUGACUACUCUACCGAAGAGCCUUGA